AUGAGUACAACGAUCUCCUUGGCCCAGCUCACUCCUCAACGCCUCAAGCUCGAAGGCUUGCGACCUAUCGACGCUCUACCAGAUUCUACUCUACCAACACGGCUUGGCAGACAUGACCGCGUACAGAUGAGGUGUGGGUAUGAAGGUUUGACGUGGACUCUCACUACUCUGCUCUCACCUCCAAUUGCAUACUAUACCGCUUCUUCCAUUAUCUCCCACCUCCCUCGCUUCUAUGAUCCCACCGGCUAUGAUCCCACCGGCUCGACGCCAACACCGAAUCUCUGUCUGCAUCGUCGACAUCCCUGGAUCGAACCACAAUAA